AUGGCUACGGAAGAUAAAGAAGUAAGAAAUGAGAAUGGAUAUUCAAAUCCACUCUUUUUGGCAAACUCAGAUAAUGCAAAAAUACCGUUGGGGAAUGUUAUCUUCAAUGGUGAUAACUUUCUCAACUGGAGCAGGAGCAUAAAGCUUGCUUUAGGAUCCAAGAACAAGCUGGGUUUCUUGGAUGGUAAAGUGAAGAAACCACAGGCAGAUGAUGUAAAAUAUCCACUCUGGAUAAAGAAUGACUACAUGAUAAGAGGUUGGCUCUUCAGAUCUAUGAAUGAGAAGAUUGCUAAUAGUUUCACCUAUAUAGACUCUGUUGAGAGGCUAUGGAAUGAGCUAGAGGAAAGGUACACAGAGACAAAUGCUCCACUCUUGUAUUCUUUGAAGAAACAAGCUAAAAAUUUAGAGCAGGAAAACAUGACUGUUUCCGAGUAUUAUUUCAAGCUAAAGCGGAUCUGGGAUGAAAUACAAGAUGUGGAGGGACUUCCAAAAUGCACAUGUGAGGCAAUGAAGAAAUGCACAUGUGAGCUUUUGAAAAAGUUCAUUGAAAUACAAGAAAGGAACGAAGUUAUAGACUUUGUAAUAGGACUAAAUAAGAAAAAUGAAAAUAUAGCUGGGAACAUUAUGGCAAUGGAGCCAUUGCCAACUCUAAAUAGAGCUUUUCACCUUGUGCAACAAGCUGAGAAGCAAAAACAAGUAGCUGAAAAUCAAUGUGUUGGAGAAGCUAGCGCUUUUGCUAUUGGAAGAAUGAGUCAAGGGAGGCAUUUCUUGAACUCACAGAAAAGAGAGACAAAAGAAAUGAAAAUGAAGAAAUGGUGUGACCACUGUAAGAAAAAGGGGCACACCGUUGAUGAAUGUUUAAAGCUCAUAGGGUACCCGGAAUGGUUUGGAAACCCUGGAAAAGAAAAAACAAAUGGAGGAAACAUAAAAUAUGCAGCUAAUGUAAGAAGAGAAGAGCCUGAGUAUGAACAAGAUGAUCCUUUGGAGAUGGGAUGUGGAAGUGAUAGCGGAAAAGAGAUGAAACCAGAUGGCAAAUUAGUCUCAGCAGUAGUGCAGAAAAUGAUGAAGCUGUUCAAUACACAACAAGCAUCAGGAGGAAAUAACAACAAAAUGGCUAAUUUUGCAGGUAUAAUCUUGGUCUCUAAUGUAGUCAGUAUAGUCAAACCUUAUGAUAAAAAUACAUGGAUCAUAGAUUCAGGGGCAUCUAAUCACAUGUGUGGAAAUAAGAAUAUCUUUCAUAAUUUAAGAAGUUUGGAUUUACCUGUAAGAGUAGGAUUACCGGAUGGAAGUGUUAAGAUUGUUGAUAAGAUGGGUGAUAUUAAAUUAUCUAGAAGAUUGACACUUUACGAUGUGCUCUAUAUUGAUGAAUUCAAUCAUAAUUUACUUUCAGUUAGUAAAUUAAUCAAGACGAGUAAAAUUAAUGUGAUGUUUGAUACAAAAAUUUGUAUCUUACAGGACCCUUCCACUAAGGAGAUAGUUGGGAGAGGAAAGGAGGAAAAUGGGCUUUAUAGACUAGAAGUUGCAAAAGAUGAAGAGAAUCAAGUUGGAGCAAUGAGAUUUUGGAGACAAAGUAAUAAUGUAGUUAUGUGCAAUGAAGCUGUAAAACUCAGUAUUUUACAUGCUAAAUUAGGACAUAGCUCGGUCUCCAAAAUGAGGCACAUUGAGUUUUGUAAUUCAGAUGGUUUAAGGAAUUUCUUCUGUGAUGCGUGUUGUGUAGGAAAGCAUCAUAAACUGCCGUUUAAGCCUAGUAAUGCUAUUGCUAAAAAUAUAUUUGAUCUUGUUCAUGUGGAUUUAUGGGGGCCAAAUAUAACAACCGCGAAAUUCACAAUUACCACUUCUAGUCCACCUGUUUCUGAGAGUGGACUCCCUUUCAUUUCAGACUUUCUUCGACAUUUUGAGCCUACAUCUCUUCCAUAUACCCCUGUUACCACACAUACUUCUGAUCAUUGUCAUUUUGGGACUUCCAUGUCGUCUUUGAUUGGAAAUGCUUCCAUAACAGCUUUGAGUAAUCACACCCCUGUUUACACCAUAUCUGAACCUUGA